AUGUCAAAAAGGAGACUCGAAGACCUCGACCACGAUGGGCACGCUGACCCGAAGAUGCCGCGGAUGGAGCCGCUACACAUGCUCCCGCCAGUUCCGCAUGGAUACUAUCAGAACCUGGCCCCCUUCUCAAAUCAGAUGCCAUAUUUCCCGCCGCCGAUGAUGCAGCCGUUACAGGUGUGCACGGCCGAGAUGAAGCGCCGCAUCUACGAUGAGGGGCUGAAUAGCAGCGUUUUUGCGGCAUUGAUGAGAAAAAGCAUCAUGAAUGAGAUGUGCCACUUGCUGAACGUCGUGCAGACGCCGGUGCAGGAGCGAGACCCGGAGGCGUUCCAGGACCCCACCCUCCAACAGGGCUUCAACACCUACAGCUUGAUCACCCACGGAUUCGGGAUCAUCAACCAGCGCACGUGGGCCGAAAUGUUUCGAUCGAUUGGGCAAGAGUUGCAAAAUCAGGUGUACGCGGCGCACAUGACGAUGCCCCCGUUCCCCGCGCCAGGAGGGUACCCUCAGAUGGGUCUU